GUUCUCUUCCGCUUGCUCUGUUCACAUCACCACAUCCGUUGCGCCUUCACGUCCAUCGUUCAAUUGCUUCUCUCCGUCUGUCGUUUACGCCUUCUCCACGUCACUCUUUUAUUAGCUUGCUCGACUCCGCCUGCAUCCUGCAGCAACUCCGACUUACACCGCCGCUCCACACACCAGCAUCAUCCCGCUUCUAGGCCGCGACUCCGCAACACAACAACAGGAAAAAAUUACUCUCGCUGCGCGGCAUUGCAUUUCUUCUUCCUCGUCCGCUUCCACUGCUGCUGCUAUUCCUUCGACACAUAUCGACGCUCUUUCGACAUUCGACCUGAACUCUGACAUCGAUCCCUCCCGUGGCCUCCGAACCAGGCGUCAAUGGCGGCAACAUGGCGGCGACUCCCUCCAACAGCCGGCUCAAGUUCACUCCGUCCAACUCUCCUUUCCUCUCUCGCCCCUCCCGCUCCUCCAGGUCGCCCAUGCGCGGCCGGUCCUACCAUGAAUCCUCCAAGCUGUCGCUGAAGCGCGUUAUCGGCACUACCUGCUCCUCGCCCUGCGGCUUCGAUACCGUCAAUUCAUCAUUCGCCUACAUCGCCGGAGCCGCUGUCGUCGUCGUCGACGUCAAUGGCGAGAACCACUCCCAGCGCUUCUACCGCGCUCGACCAACCGCCAUGCCCCUCUAUUCGGUAGCCACUUUCCAGAAUGCGCCUUCGACUCCAACAGCGACACCCAAAGCCAACGACAGCCGCGGCCGCGUAGCCCCGAGCUUUCGGGACUCCCCUCACGCUGCGACAGACUGGGGUGAAUCCCCCGGGAGCAGGACAUGGACGAGUCGCGAAAGGAUCAAGGCUGCAACCUGCGUGGCUUUAAGUCGAGACGGCAAAUAUCUGGCCGUGGGUGAGACUGGUUACGCACCCCGCGUUUUGAUCUUUAGCCUGCACGACACUUCCUCUGAUACACCCCUUGUCUCUAUCAGCGAGCAUGGCUUUGGUGUUAAGGCUGUGGCUUGGUCCUCAGACACUCGAUAUUUGGCAUCCCUCGGUGCUGCCAAUGACGGGUUUCUGUAUGUUUGGAAGGUUGAUCCCCGUACGGGAGCCGCGAAGCUCUUUCAGCAGAACCGUUGCACAUCCUAUAUCAGGGAUAUGGUCUGGAUGGGCAAUUGCCUUAUAACCCUGGGAGUUCGCCAUGCUAAGAUAUGGAGAGUGGAUGACGGGUCAAACAUCUCUCCCACGAAGCAAAAGUUCCUUGAAUCAUCUUCUACUCCACCCUCCCAAAGAACCCUGCCGGGGCGUAACAUCCUGCUGGGCCCCCUUUUGGAGACGACCUUUAGCUGUGCUGCCGUUGUCAAGGACACCAGUCUGAUCAUCUGCUCAGAAACGGGCGACAUAUGUAUCUUGGACGACGACGACAGGCAGAUGAAGCUGCUCAAGGUUCUCAACUUAAAUUUCCACAUUACGAGCAUCACUAUCAAGGACAAUGUCGCCUACGUUGGUGGUAAGGGUGGUCACUUUGCUACUCUUGAUGUGGAAGCCGUUUUGGAAUGCCGAGCGGCAUGCGUGCUGGACACGACAGAGUCCACCAAGGGACUCGUCGCUCUGGGUUUCCUAACGGAUAAGCUCGUCACCAUCGAUUCUAGACACUCUGUGGACAUUUGGGACUCUGACCAUAUCCCUGGAAAGGAUGCCCAAGCCAUGGCGACUAUCCCCAUUCCAGGCCAUGGAGAUCAGGUCACUGGCAUCCAAGUGCUCCAGAGACCGAAUGAUCUGGACGCAUCAUUCUUGACAUGGACCGUUACGGGCAAUGUCAAAUUCUGGACCUUGGACGGCCAAGUCAAGGCUUCCAUUCACGUGCCCAUUGAGAUGACCGAGUCGGAGAAUGAGAUGGACCCGAUAAACCAAGUCACAUAUGCGCGUACAACCAGUGAUGGUAGACUGCUUGUUGCCGCGGACCGACAUGGUGUGCUGCGAGUCAUGGAUAUCGCGACCAGAGAAUCCCUGCUCGAUAUAAAGGCUCACUCCUCCGACUGUCGCAAUGUGAGCGUCUACGAAAACGAAUCUAAAUUUCUCAUGGCGUCGUGUGGAAGAGACCGUACAACCCAAUUAUUCCACCGCACCGAUGAUGGUGUCAUUGAGCAUUUCCAAACACUUGAGUUCGCCGCAAAGGUGGUCCAAGUGAUUAUUCCGUCAGAUGACAAAGUUCUCACCUGUUCCUUUGAUCGGACACUUCAAGUCCAUGAUCUCAUUACUAGAGAAGGCGAACCGGAUGCGAUCGCCGCCAUUCCUUCACGGGUCAUUUCACUAAAAGCUUCACCUACUUCUAUGGUCAUAGGGCCAGAUGAAAAGACAGUUUUUGUUUCACUUUUGGAUCGAUCCGUUUGUCAGUACGACCUCAACACUGGACGGCAAAUUUCUUGUUUUAAAUGUAUGGAUGAGGGAGGAGUCGAGUCUGCCGUCCUCGACUCGCUCACUCUCGGGCAAUGGUUGCCCAAGGAUCAGGAUUUUCUACUCGGAAUGUCUAACACGGACAAGUCCAUCAGGUUAUACGACGCCCAAACAGGCAGCUUCUUGGAUCGGGAAUGGGGGCACACGGAGGCGAUAAAUGGUGUUUGUUUGGUUGAUGAUGAAGAUGGAAGCCGCAAGGUUGUGAGCGUUGGGUCUGAUGGGACGAUGAUGAUUUGGACACUGGACCUAAACGAUCCAAUGCCAGGGUCGAUGAGUAGGGAUCCAUCCCCGGUCAAGGAAGGAGUUUCUGGCAGACCACCACUUCGAAGGGUUCUGUCCAAGGCUGAAUUGGCCGAGUUCCAGCGUCCGUCUCCUGCCUCGGGUCGUAGGUCACCCCCGAGGACUCUCCGGCGCCGAACUUCGCGAUUCAACCUUGCUGCUAGCGUCAGAACUCCAACAGGUACCUUCCCGACGAGCCCCAUGGCGGGGGACACACCGUCACGACGACCUUCGGCCGACAGUCGGGCAGCUAGCCCGCCAGUUAGCCCGAAAGCCAGGAUUACAAGAAGACCUUCGCUGCCAGCCCUUGGGGCCACUGCCCGGAAGAAGACGUCUUCUUCGAACCUCCGCGGGUUUGGUUCGUUGAAUAUGGCAACCGAGCAGGCAUGUCGAACGUUACGGGCGUACAGAAAAAAACUGGCAUCUGCUGAGCCCAUCAGUCAAGAUGUAUUGUCUGAGCUGGACCAGGAACUUCGUCUCACGGCAGCUUCGCUAGGGGAACGAGCGAUCCGAGGCAAAGCGAUGAAUGAGACGGUGCUGAGUGGUUUGCUGGACCAGUACUCUGAGAGGCUGGUGACACUAUUAGACGAGAAACUGGGUCUCAGUCACCAGAGAGAACGGGAUGGGGACAGUCCCGAUGAAGAAGGACAUCGCAGUGCGGAUGGGGACUCGAGCUCCCUUUCGCCGUAGUAUCUUUUCGUCGUAUGUGUUAUUAUCACUGGGCUUUUUUCUUUUUGUUUGGUUAUCUGGUUAUAGGCGUUGAUCGGCUGACAACGGUUGUUUUGCUGGGUUGGGCGGCCAAAGGACAUACACCGAGCGAGGAGUGCAUACCGCCGGUUUGCUCCAUCAUGAUACCACUGGGCUUGGAGUUUUUUGCGCUUCUUUUAGAUUUCACUGAUCAGGUCGAAUUCACCACACCAGGGACGUUAGCCCUGUAUUGACUUAUCAUCCUCAGAUCCCGGUUAUGGGCUAGCUUUAAAGUGCAGAUGCUGUAGAAUAGUCGAGAUGAGCUAUCAAGAAGAUCCCAGAUGAGCUGCCGGUCAUGGUAAAGCUCGCUUGGCGCGCUUGACGAUAGCGGGUGACGGUCAGGGGUAUCACGUGAUUUAGCUUCCUUUAGCGCUGUUUGCGGCUCUGGCCGGUUGAGAGCC